AUGGUUAUGAAUAGGAUUAGACUACCGAGGAAUGUAGCUUCUAUGAAGACACGAAAUGUCAUCAUUGGUCUACUGAUCAUUUGUAUGUCAUUCUAUAUGAUCAUAUCGAACUUGGAUGGAGCCAAGGGUUCUAGUAGAGGAAGAAAACUCGGUUUCGGUUUAGGUGCAACUUUUAGAACUGAACCUUAUUAUUAUAAUCGUCAAGAUGUUUCAGUCGAUAGAUUGGAGAGACUUGCUUGGAUGGCAGACAAAUGGCGUGCACCCAUCUCAGCAGCGGUCUACAUUCAGAACGAUACAGAGAUUGAAGCGAUUGCUAAUCUCAUCAGAGGUAGUUACUCUGUAACACAAUUCGUUGACAUUCAUCUACUAUAUGCAAAUAAUACAAGAUAUCCAAUUAAUACACUUAGAAAUCUAUCUAUAAAGCAUGCAGAAACAGAUUGGGUAUUGUUGAUGGAUGCAGAUUUCAUUCCACCCAUUUCACUUUAUAAGAAUAUAGUUCAACAUACAUAUAAAGUACCAAGAGAUGAAUUGACAGCGUUUGUUAUUCCAUCGUUUGCAAGUUCACUCGAUAGAUUCAAAAUACCCGAUGAUAAACUCGAUUUACUCAAAGAAAUCAAAAAGAAGACAAUCGUACCAACAAAUUUGAAUGUUUGUCCAAAAUGUCAUACACCAUCAAACUACACAAGAUGGUACAAAGAGAAGGAUACAUACGAAGCGAAAUAUCAAUGGGUCUACGAACCCUAUUUGGUGUACAGAAAGAUCGAUGCCGAACCAUUCGAUGAGCGACUCAAGGGAUACGGUUUCGACAAGAACUCACAGGUAUUUGGAAUGGCUGUCAAGGGAUUCAAGUUUGUUGUACUACCGGAAUGUUGGAUCGUACACAUGAAUCAUCCAAAACAAGUAUGGGAAGGAACCGAUUCAUAUGAUGAACAAAUGGUAUGUUCUUCAAUAGCAAACAAUCAAUCGAUUACAUUCUUAUUAACUUUAUCUAUUCAUCAAUUAACGAAGUGGGACUCAUUAAAGAUUGUUUGUGAAAUAUUACCGGAAACAAAGAAAAUCAAUGGUUACAAUCCAGAGGAAAUAUUAUUUAAUGAACCAACCAAAGAAAAAUGUUAUACACGAGAACAUUGCGAUGUAAAUAUUUGUUAUCGGUUUUUUGGUGAUGGUUUAGUUUAA